GUCCCGGAUGAUGCUCGCACCGGAAGAGAAGGGGGCAGCUCUCAGCCAUCUUGUGGCAGCAUCCAGCGAGUCGGUCGCAUCAAGCCUCGUAGAAUCGGAGGUGAAUCCCGUAGAAGGGGCGCCAUCAUGCCCGGACACUUGCAAGAAGGCUUCGGCUGCGUCGUAACCAACAGGUUCGACCAGCUAUUGGACGACGAAUCCGACCCGUUCGAGGUCCUGAAAGCGGCGGAAAACAAGAAGAAGGAGGGGGCCGCUGCUGGGUCCACGAAAACCGCGGCUCAAGCCGCCAAGCAGCCGAAGAAGGAGUCCCAGAAGGACAGGAAAAACCCUCUGCUGGACAAAAAGGAAGAGUCUCAGGCGCCGGUUCCUCUGAAGAAAGAAGGAAUCAGGCGGGUGGGCAGAAGACCGGACCAGCAGGGUCAGUCCGGACCCCAGCAUCAGGGCGGGCAGGGCGAAGGUCGACCCGCGGAUAAGAGGCCGGACCGGAGACCUCCCCGGGAGCGGCGCUUCGAGAAGCCCGCCGAGGACAAGCCGGAGGGAGGCGCAGACUUCCCUGUAGACAAGCCUUCUGGAGACAGGCCUCCCAGGGGUCGCGGCGGCGGCCGGGGGGGGCGAGGCGGACGAGGACGCGGCAUGGGCCGCGGCGAGGGCUUCGACUCGCGUGGGAAACGGGAAUUCGACAGACACAGCACCAACGACAAAUCUUCAAAAACCGAGGAGAAGCGCGGCGGCUCCGGCUCGCACAACUGGGGCACGGUGAAGGAUGAAGUGAGAAGUACGCUGGGAGAGUUGACAAAGUGCUUCGCUUUCAGUGAGGCCGAACAGACCGCCGCCCCAGAGCCGACUCCGGAGGGAGAGGAAAACGCGCCCGCCGGCUCCGAGAACAAAGAGAACGAGGUGGAAGAGGUGAAACAGGAAGGCCCCAAAGAGAUGACGCUGGACGAGUGGAAGGCCAUGCAGGACAAGGAGCGCACCAAGGUGGAGUUCAACAUCCGCAAGCCCAACGAGGGAGCCGACAGCCAGUGGAAGAAGGGAUACGUGCUGCACAAGUCCAAGAGCGAAGACAGGCCUGUUGGUGCUUUGAUCGACGCGUCGGAACCAGAAGCAGAACCUCAUGCUCUAUUCAACAAGCAGGGCGCCGCCGACGAGUCCUCCGACCACCAUUUCCGCAAACCAGCCAACGACAUCACAUCCCAGCUGGAGAUCAACUUCGGAGACCUGGGGCGCCCCGGGCGCGGGCGUGGCGGCGCCCGCGGGGGCAGAGGGGGCCGCGGCGGGGGAGGCAGCCGGACGGCACGCGGGGGAGGACGUUCCGAAAAGGCCAGCGGAGCGUCAGUCCCCAACGUGGACGAUCCCGAGGCCUUCCCGGCCCUGGCCUGAAGACGGCGUCUUUUCCUCCACCAGCCCACCCAUCUGCCCUUCCGGGGGCCCCUCCUCUACGAGGCUUGCAUGCUUACCACAUCUUCAAGUAUAUAAGGAUAAAAAAAAAAAAAACAGUAAAAAAAAUCAAAUAAAACAAAACCAAAAAAAAAGGCAGACUGACAUCCCACACCAGAGGACUCGAGUUUUAUCGGUUUUAAAGAAAAGACAAAAAAAACAACAACCAGAUGGAAAAAGGACCUCUUGUUACACUGAAGUUUUGUAUUUAGGAACAUGAAAGCAGGGAUGUUUUUAUUUUUCCCCCCCUCUCAGAGAUCAUGCAUACUUCAUUAAUAUUUUUGUGCUGCUUGAAUUCCUGCAUUUCAAUUCUGCAGUUUGGUUGAAGUGUGAACAUUGCUUUCCUUUCAAAAGCUUUUUUUUUUUUUCUUUGUUUCUUUCUUUUUGCCUCCCCACCUAAUGACUUCAGCACAGUAUUAGGUCAUCUGUAGAAAAGACUUUCUACUGGCGUUCCCCUCUGACCCCCCCAGUAAUACACACUGAUGUGGUAGUGCUACACUACAUAAGAAACGUGUGCUAGAUGUCUGAAGUACAGCUUAACUUAGGUUUUAAAGUGUAAAUAGUGGCCUCCUGACUACCCAUCGCCUCGCCAGGCACAAAUCCAAGAUGGGGGAACCAGCAAAGUGACUUCAUACGACAGCUUGGUAUUUUUCUGCUUCUUGUGCAGUGAAGGUCAACGCCUCUUUUCUUCUUCUUCUUCUUUUUAAUAGUGGACCAGUGGUUAGUAAUGUUUGUAUCCCCUGAUCCAGAUGUGCUACCUGUGUUUUCAGGGCCCAAUGUAUUUUAAGGCUGGUCCUCCUAGGUCAUACGGACUGUACAAAUUUGUACCUUCAGGACCACUAAGCAAAUGUUUUUGUUUAUUUUGUGGUGUGUGUGUGUGUGUGUGUGUGAGACAGAAUGUGAGAGUUUUGACAGCUAUUUACGUAGAAUUUGAAGUAUUCCUCUGCUCUGAACUUUGCCAUUCUUUUACAGAAAGACGGGAAGUUCUCGCCUGAAAUAGUGAGAAGUGAUUAAGACGUAGAUGGACCACGGACAUAUCUUCAGAGCUCGAAGCACUUGUUUUUUUGUUUGUUUUUCUUUAAAUCACCAACUGUCCUUUGAAGUUUUAUUUUUUUGCAGUUGAAAGUCCUUUUGUUUUUCUUUAUCAACAAGUGCGGACUCAUCGUUGCGUUGUGUUCAAGAAACGUCAGCCGUCAUUGUGGAACAAUCAUCGGGCCACAGAAUGUAAUGUAAGCUAAUGGUGCCUUCAGCCGCCUGUGUCGGUGUUGACAGCGAGCUUUUUUUUUUUUUUUUUUUUUUUUUUUUUUUUUUUUUUUUAAUUACACCCCCAUGGUCUUAAAGACACAGGGGCUAUUCGAGCCUGCAAAUUUUGUACCAUGAGCGCAGUCUGGCCAGGUCGCAGUGAUUCCGUGUGCGCUUUUUUUUUCUUUUUUUCCCCCCCUAGCCUCUCCAACCGUGACAUCUGCCGCGCACUUCCAGAGCGUUGUGCUAAGACCGCAGGAGGGUUAACGAAAAUCAGCAUACUUAGAAUUCGGUUCGAGGUCAGCGCGGGAGAGAUGGAAGGCGUCGGAAACACGGGGGGGAAGUUAAAGCUUUACAUUUUGUGCUCUAUAAAGGCUCACUGGCGUUGCGCCAAUACAGACGGCUGGAGCAGAUUUCUCAUUUGACUGUUUGAGCCACAUGACUAUGAAACUUUCUCUAUAAACAUCCCUGUUCCAAUAAAGUGCUCUAGAGGUGUGA